AUGACUACAAGAGGGGACAUACGCCUUUCAGUAAGCGAUAAGGGUGGGGAAUUCGUAGUCAUGUCACAGGCUCUUGAUCGGGAAAUAACAAAUCUUCACUUGCAAGAUGAAACGAUCUAUCGCCGUGUAACAGAGAAAGAAUUCCUUGUGCAGUGCAAACGCUUGAAUCAUGUAUGGAUGACUAUGGGAAAAUCUGCUGGCCUUGACGAACGAUUUGUUAGCCGCCUAAAGCUUGACAAACCGACCUGCCCUGUGUUCUACAGCCUCAUCAAAACGCAUAAGCUGAAACCCGAUGAGGUCAACUCAACAUCAGCGGCCACAUUCAAAAUCCGACCAAUAAUAAGUUGUGUGGGAGGACCAACGGAUCGCAUUUCGUGGUUCCUUAAUAAAAUCGUGAGUCAAAUUUUGCCUAAAAUACCAUCUCAUUUGUCGAACACGCACCAUUUCCUUGAGCGAUUACGCAAUGCGAGAGUUGAGGGCAACUGCGUAAUAGAGUCCUUUGAUGUAACCUCACUCUACACGAAUGUAAAAAACAGUGAGGCGCUGCAAGCUCUCUCUGAGAUGAUAGAUUUGUAUGGUAACAACUUGGAAACAUAUGGACUAAGUAAAUCUCGCAUAAUAACGCUUAUCAAGGAAUGCCUGAAUUGUAAUAUCUUCAGGUGGUCAGGAAAUUAUUUCGCGCAACUGAGAGGGCUAGCAAUGGGUCAACGAUUAGCACCAGUACUGGCGAUCUGCUUCAUGAGCAGAAUCGAAGAACCAGUACUUUCGCGUAGACCAAUAAUGUAUUGCAGAUAUAUUGACGACUGUUGCAUCAUAACAUCAACACAGUCCGAAAUGGACGAGUGUUUCCGAAUACUCAACCAACAAUCGCAAUAUAUAAGACUCACACGAGAAACCCCAAAGAAGGAUGGCUUCCGUACCUCAACACACAAAUAA